AUGAGCGAGAGAGGAGUAGCAUGUCGUCGCAGGACUGGAGAAGACAUGAUAAGCUUAUUACCUGAUCACUUGCUGUGUCAGAUACUCUCUGAUGUUCCUACAAAGACGGCUGUAGUCACUAGUGUUCUGUCCACCAGAUGGAGAACUAUCUGGCUUUCGACUCCUGUCUUGGAUUUGCACACUCAUGAUUUCCCUAACGUCACUGCCUUUGCAAGCUUCAUCACUUGGUUUCUAGAGUUAUCUAAGGGCUCAUCAUGCUUACACAAGCUCAAACUUGCUUUGGUCUCUGAAAGACCUAUUCAAGAUAUCUCUAGUGAGUCAUCAUCAUGGGACCUUGCUUUUGUGAGAGGUCAUCUUGAGCCCUAUUACUUUAUGACACAGUGGAUUGACAAUGCAAUUACACGUAAAGUUAAACAUCUAGAUAUCUUAUAUCCUUGGAUUUUUGGGAUGAUGCCACUAAGCAUCUACACAUGUGUGACUCUAGUAUCCUUGAAAAUCCAAAACGUGUCAUUGGCUGAUACUGAGAAUGUUUCUCUACCUCGUCUCAAGACCAUGCAUUUAGAAAACAACAUAUACGCUACUGAUGCUCUUCUUGAGAAGUUUGUCUCAUGCCCGGUUCUUGAAGAUUUAACAGUUGUUAGAAAAGGAGAUACAGUGUACGACUUUGAGGUUUUACGAGUGCGUUCUCAGUCAUUAAAGAGUCUCGUAGUUGUUCUUAUUGGUAGGGAGUGGUGGUACAAAGCUUGUAGGGUUGCUGUGAUUGAUGCUCCUGGACUCAAGUAUUUGAGUCUUAAAGAUAGCAAGUUCACAAGUUAUGUAAUAAGCAGUUUGAGUUCAUCUGCAAAGGUAGACAUUGAUGUCAGUUUUGAUGUGGACAUUGAUCUGGCUACAGAUAGAAGUGUAGUUAGAAGUUUCUUCACCAUGCUCUCGAGCGUAAGGAACAUGACUAUAAGUCAAACAACUUCAGAGGGCAUAUGUGUCUUCUUGAAACAUGAACCACUGCCUCAGUUUCCUUACUUGAUCAGAUUACAUGCGGUCUUGUAUAACGCUGAUUUGGGAAAUUCGCCGAACAUUCUUGAGAGCUGUCCAAAUCUCAAAUCCCUUGUCUUGGAGUUGAGUAAUCUUAAGGAGGAGGAACUACUUAUUCUCUCAUCAUCAGUUCCAAAAUGUUUAAGAUCGUCCCUGGAGUACGUUGAGAUAAAAACACCGAUAAGAGGAGUAGUAAGUGAAAUCGAACUAGUGAAGUACUUUCUUGAGAAUUCGGCGGUGAUCAAGAAGUUGAAAAUGUGUUUGCGUAGUGGGAGAAUGAACGAAGAGUCAAACAUUUUCGUACAACUCUUGAAAUUUAGGAGAUGCUCUCCUUCUUGUGAAGUUGUUGUUGAAGAGUUAGAAGACACUUUUCAAGGAUUGGAUUUUUUACUCUGGUUUUAG